CUCGGUUGCCAUGACGAUCCACUUCACCGCUCUUCUGGCUUUGCCCUGUUGGGAAGAUUUUCAGAGAUCUGUGACUAACUAAUGGGAUAAAGAAUUGAAAAACAUAAACAAACCCCGGUUGUCAUGACGACGGCGUCCAUGUUUGCAUCCCAAAGUAUUUCCGGUGUCCUCUGCGACUGCCGUUACGAGUAAACACUUGGAUUAUAGAUAAUAACAGCGGCCGGGACGGGAAACAAACAUAAAAUGGACUGAACAAACUGCUGCAUAAAAUGGCAAGCACAGAGGAACACCAACUCAGGUCCCACAGGGAGAGUCCAGUCCCGCAGGAGCUCCGGUGCAGGUCGGAGAGAAGCCACGUGGAAGCCCUGCUGGCCAUCAGCGAUGAGGUUUUCUUCCAGCAACUCCAGCCUUUCCAGGCUCUGUCUGGCUGUGAGGAAGCCGUUCGAGGCUGGGACAGAGGGUCUCCACUGGGCAUCACGCCUCAGUCUCAGCACAGAGACAGCAAAGCCCAUCUGGAGAGCUCCAGUCUGCUUUCUGCUAAAAGCCCAACGGACCACGGCGAUAACCAAACCCAGCCUUCCAAGAGCACACACCUGUGUGACCAGGAACACACAAGCCAAAAGAACACGUCUGUGGCCGUGUCCAGUGGGCUGAAGACCACAGCAGCAGAGGAGAGGAAAGAGGUGGCCCGGACGUCUGCACAGCCUCAGUACCUCCCCAGACCAGUCAAGCCACCGAAGCAUGUCCACAGGCCAAACAACGCAGCAGUUCCCAUCAAGAACUUUACAUUUCUACCACCGAUAAAGUCGCCUCAUUGUACCUCAGACCAGGCUGGCAGCAGGAAGGGAGGUGAGGAGAUUUUGCAUCACACGUUGGACAGGAAGAAAGGCUUCCGUGCCGAUGCCUGUCAAGAUCUGCCCUUGCACCACAUCAACCACGCAUCUAGGAGCGCGGCGGGUCAACACACCUACCUGUUCUCCGCAUCCGUGCCGAAGAGAUACCUCACGCCGUCCAGACCUGAGGCCGCACACUACUCACUGGGUAAAGCGGUCCCCACCGCCCGAGCCAACAUGCAGCCCAAGUGCCUCUUCUCCUGAAUGGGAGCUGCUGAAGGACGUUGACGCAUGCAAGAUUCCACCAGCAAGUUAAAAAAUGUAUGCGUUUUCUAUA